AUGUUAAUUAGCUCACAAGACAGACCUGAUUGUGAUUAACUACUUAAUCUUCCUAUUAUAAAGAAAAAAAUAGAAGAUUUAAAUAUAAAAUAAGAAACCUUUUCAAAAGAAGGCUUUAAUGCUCAAGCAAUCAACUAAAAACUAAGUGUACUUGAUUAAAUAAAGUUUCCUGCUAAUAAGAAAAAUCUUUAAGAAAGGUUACCUAAACCUUCAUACAAUACUAAUAGCUAAUAGGAGAUUAAAAAAUUUACUCCUAAUAACUAGAUAGGUACUUACUUAUCAAACACCAACUUCAGAAGAAUUGAAAAAUAUGAGGAGAGUAAGAUCUAAUUUUGGAAUACUAUUGAAAUCUUAAAACUCUCUCUUAGCCUCAGAAAUAUCAAAGAUUUGAUUUACUGA